UGUCUUUCUCAUUCAGUCUCUCACUCUCUAUAUAUACUCCCCCCUCCCCUUUCGUUCUCUCUCUCUCUCUGUAACCCACCUGUGGAUCCCCUACCUGGGCGAGGGGGCGGGGUCAGUGUGUGAGCACCUGUUGUUGUAAAGAGAGAGAGAGAAAGACGUGCCUUCGCGCUCCUCGAUCGCCCCUUAUCCAAGAGGGAGGGAGGGAGCGGUUGUGCUUUACUUCCGUCGGUUCCUGCUUUUAUGACGUUUGUGUGUGUGUGUGUUGGUGAGUGCGUCCGACUGGUGUGUUUGUAAUUCCCCUUCCCUUGUGUCCUAAGCCUCCGUCCCAACGCUCCUCCACGGCUCCUGAAGGACUCCGGGAAACCAGAAUUCCUCCCCAGGUGUAGCAUGACAUCACUGAUCUGACCAUGGGUUCGUUGUUGACAUACUUUGAGUCCCUGUGUGGGAAAAAAAGGGAAAAAGAGGAAGAGCGGUACAUCCAUGCCAACAACCGACCUCUGAACCUCCCCUAUCAGUACGCUGACAAUGCCAUCAGGACCUCUAAGUACAAUGUCUUCAGCUUCCUACCGCUCAACCUCUUCGAACAGUUCCAGAGGCUGGCCAACGCCUACUUCCUGGUCUUGUUGAUACUGCAGUUAAUCCCUGAGAUCUCGUCCCUCUCCUGGUUCACCACGGUGGUUCCUCUCCUUCUGGUUCUCACCAUGACUGCCGUCAAAGACGCCAGCGAUGACAUCAACCGGCACAGAAGCGACAAGCAGGUGAACAACCGUUGUGUGGACGUCCUCAUCGAUGGAGAACUACGGAGUGAGAAGUGGAUGAAUGUUCAGGUUGGAGACGUCAUCAAACUGGAGAACAACCAGUUUGUUACGGCUGAUCUGCUGCUGUUGACCUCCAGCGAGCCUCUGAACCUGGUCUACAUAGAAACGGCUGAGCUGGAUGGGGAGACCAACCUGAAGGUGAAACAGGCCCUUACGGUGACAGGAGAUAUCGGCGACAGCAUCCCCGGGCUUGGAAGCUUCAAAGGGGAGGUGCGCUGUGAGCCCCCCAACAACCGCCUGGACAAGUUCAAGGGCACGCUGACUGUGAACGAGCAGACGUACGCGCUGGACAACGACAAGGUGCUGCUGAGAGGCUGCACACUCAGGAACACCGAAUGGUGCUUCGGCCUCGUCGUCUUCGGAGGUCCGGAUACCAAGCUGAUGCAGAACUCUGGGAAGACGGUGUUCAAACGGACCAGCAUCGACGGCCUCAUGAACGUGCUGGUUCUGUGUAUCUUUGGCUUUCUGGCCGUGAUGUGCAGCAUCCUGGCGGUGGGUAACGCUAUCUGGGAGGUGAGAGAGGGCUCUGUGUUCACCGCCUUCCUCCCGCGCCCGAAAGGCGUCAACGCCGGAUUCUCCGCCUUCCUGACCUUCUGGUCCUACGUCAUCAUCCUGAACACCGUGGUGCCCAUCUCGCUCUACGUCAGUGUGGAGAUCAUCCGUCUGGGCAACAGCUUCUACAUCGACUGGGACAGGAAGAUGUACUACCCCAAGAGCGACACCCCGGCACAGGCCCGGACCACCACACUGAACGAGGAGCUGGGCCAGAUCAAGUACAUCUUCAGUGACAAGACCGGGACCCUCACCCAGAACAUCAUGACCUUCAACAAGUGCUCUAUCAACGGGAAGUCCUACGGGGAAGUGGUUGACUUUACGGGACAACGAGUUGAAAUUACGGACAAAACCCAGACGGUGGACUUCACCUGGAACGAGCUGGCCGACCCCAAGUUUGUGUUCCACGACCCCAGCCUGGUGGAGCUGGUGAGGGAGGGGGACCUCGCCGGCCAGCACUUCUUCCGCCUGCUGGCGCUCUGCCACACCGUCAUGCCCGAGGAGAAGACCGAGGGGGAGCUGUACUACCAGGCCCAGUCCCCAGACGAGGGCGCCCUGGUCACGGCCGCCAGGAACUUCGGCUUCGUGUUCCGAUCCCGAACCCCCGAGUCCAUCCGCAUCAUGGAGAUGGGCCAGGAGGUGACCUACGACCUCCUGGCCGUGCUGGACUUCAACAACGUCCGCAAGAGGAUGUCCGUGAUAGUGCGUAGCCCCAAGGGGAAGCUCAUCCUGUUCUGUAAGGGGGCUGACACCAUCGUGUACGAGAGGCUCCACCCUUCGUGUUUGAAGCUGAAGGACACCACCACCAGCCAUCUCAAUGAGUAUGCGGGGGACGGCCUCCGCACACUGGCCCUGGCCUACAAGGACCUGGACGACGACUACAUGGAGGACUGGAGGCGGCGCCACCAUGAGGCCAACAUCGCCAUGGAUGGCAAGGAGGAGCGGCUGGACGAGCUGUACGAGGAGAUAGAGAAAGACCUCAUGCUACUUGGAGCGACCGCGGUGGAGGACAAGCUCCAAGAUGGCGUCCCACAGACCAUCGAGCAGCUGGCUAAAGCCGACAUCAAGAUAUGGGUGCUGACAGGGGACAAACAAGAGACGGCGGAAAACAUCGGCUACGCCUGCAACAUGCUGCGGGAGGACAUGACGGAGGUGUUCAUCGUCGCGGCCAACACGGCGGAGGGUGUGCGAGAAGAGCUGGAGAAGGCCCGGAGGACGAUGUGCCCAGACGCUCCUGAUAAGCCCGUGGUGGUUGAGUCCCGGGCCGGCCUGUUCUGGCGCCAGAAGACCAGGAAGGUGGAGGAUGAGGCUGUGAACGGAGAGUACGCGCUGGUCAUCAACGGACACAGCCUGGCGUACGCCCUGGAGAAGGACCUGGAGCUGGAGCUGCUGCGGACGGCGUGCAUGUGCCAGACGGUGAUCUGCUGCCGGGUCACGCCGCUGCAGAAGGCCCAGGUGGUGGAGCUGGUGAAGCACUACAAGCAGGCCGUCACGCUGGCCAUCGGCGACGGAGCCAACGACGUCAGCAUGAUCAAGGCGGCCCACAUCGGGGUGGGGAUCUCCGGCCAGGAGGGCAUGCAGGCCGUGCUGUCCAGCGACUACUCCUUCGCCCAGUUCCGCUACCUGCAGCGCCUCCUGCUGGUGCACGGCCGCUGGUCCUACUUGCGCAUGUGCAAGUUCCUCCGCUACUUCUUCUACAAGAACUUCACCUUCACCUUCGUCCACUUCUGGUACGCCUUCUUCUGCGGCUUCUCGGCACAGACUGUGUACGACGAGUGGUUCAUCACUCUGUACAACCUGGUCUACACGGCUCUGCCAGUCCUCGGAAUGAGCCUCUUCGACCAGGACGUGAACGACCGCUGGAGCUCCCAGCACCCCCAGCUCUUCUCCCCGGGGCAGCUGAACCUCUACUUCAGCAAGAAGGCCUUCGUACGCUGCAUGAUGCACAGCUGCUACAGCUCCCUCAUCCUCUUCUUCAUCCCCUGGGCCGCCAUGUACGACACGGUGCGCGACGACGGCAAGGACAUCGUGGACUACCAGUCCUUCGCCCUGCUGGCGCAGACAUGCCUGCUCAUCGCCGUCACUAUACAGCUGUGUCUGGACACCCACUAUUGGACAGCGGUGAAUCAGUUCUUUGUGUGGGGCAGUCUGUCUGCCUACUUUGCCAUCACCUUCACCAUGUACAGCAACGGCAUGUUUCUCAUCUUCACCUCCACCUUUCCCUUCAUUGGCACGGCGAGGAACUCCCUGAACCAGCCCAACGUGUGGCUGACCAUCCUGCUCACCUCCAUCCUCUGUGCUCUGCCCGUGGUCGCAUACCGCUUCACACUCAUCCAGCUGUGGCCCACCAUCAACGACAAGGUGAGACACAAGGUGCGUAAGGAGGCGCUGCCGGCUCCUGCUCCUCGCCGGCCCCCGGCCCGACGUAUCAGCACCCGGCGCUCCGGCUACGCCUUCUCCCACGCCCAGGGCUACGGCGAGCUGGUCACCUCCGGCCGCUUCCUCCUGAGGCGCCCGCAGAAGAUCCGCACGGCCCUCCUCUUCCCCCAGUCCGACUCCCCCCUCUCCCAGGGCCAGCCCCAGCUGUACCGCCCCAUCACAGCCCUCAACAGGGUCCCGGAGGAGGAGCAGCCCGCCCAGCACUCCUAGGGGACAGAGGAGGAGGUGGCACAGUGCUCCUAGGGGACAGAGGAGGAGGUGGCACAGUGCUCCUAGGGGACAGAGGAGGAGGUGGCACAGUGCUCCUAGGGGACAGAGGAGGAGGUGGCACAGUGCUCCUAGGGCAUAGAGGAGGAGGUGGCACAGUGCUCCUAGGGGACAGAGGAGGAGGUGGCACAGUGCUCCUAGGGGACAGAGGAGGAGGUGGCACAGUGCUCCUAGGGGACAGAGGAGGAGGUGGCACAGUGCUCCUAGGGGACAGAGGAGGAGGUGGCACAGUGCUCCUAGGGCAUAGAGGAGGAGGUGGCACAGUGCUCCUAGGGGACAGAGGAGGAGGUGGCACAGUGCUCCUAGGGGACAGAGGAGGAGGUGGCACAGUGCUCCUAGAGGACAGAGGAGGAGGUGGCACAGUGCUCCUAGGGGACAGAGGAGGAGGUGGCACAGUGCUCCUAGGGGACAGAGGAGGAGGUGGCACAGUGCUCCUAGGGGACAGAGGAGGAGGUGGCACAGUGCUCCUAGGGGACAGAGGAGGAGGUGGCACAGUGCUCCUAGGGGACAGAGGAGGAGGUGGCACAGUGCUCCUAGAGGACAGAGGAGGAGGUGGCACAGUGCUCCUAGGGGACAGAGUAGGAGGUGGCACAGUGCUCCUAGGGGACAGAGGAGGAGGUGGCACAGUGCUCCUAGGGGACAGAGGAGGAGGUGGAACAGUGCUCCUAGAGGACAGAGGAGGAGGUGGCACAGUGCUCCUAGAGGACAGAGGAGGAGGUGGCACAGUGCUCCUAGGGGACAGAGGAAGAGGAGGAGGAGAAGUAAGGAGGAAGCAGUCUGCUCCUAAAGUAUGGAUGAGAAGUAGGUGAAUCUGGAGGUGGAGGUGGAUGAGGAAAUGGACUAGAAAUCUUCCCUUAUGGGGUCAGGGUUGUCUUUGCGGUUAAUGUGUUUGUAAACUACGUCAUUUCAAUGGAAAAGGGGUAUAGAAGACACAUUCACAAAGGGUAGGAUAGUGUAUUAGUUAGGACGUUUGACUCCCAGCUGAAAAGGUUCUGGGUUCAAACCCCAAUGUCUGCUGACUAAGUAGUCAUCGUAGAGCUACCUGCUCCUUAUUGGCGUCUUGAAAGAAUUGGUUGGUGGGUUUCGCUCAAAGCAACUUUCUGCUUUUAUGACCAAAUAGAUUUGAAUGACUAACGCAAGAACAUGUCUCCAGUGUGUCUCUUUGUUGACACCCCCCCUGUCCACAAAUCCUUGUUUUAAUUUCCUUGGCAGUAUUGACUGAUUGACGGCAGAGGAAAGAUUUGACAGAGAAUUUAGCUCAGAAAAUGUGUGAGUUUAGGGGGGACCAUUAACCAAAUGAUUACAUUUCUUGUGCCUUUGUAACGUUAAACAGAAAGUAUUUAAAAAUUACUCUAAGCACCAGUAAGGUAUCACAUUCAAAAUGACCUCACAGGAUAUUCUAGUGUGUCAUGGUACUGGAUUGAUUUAAUUCCAGCUAAACGGUAUUGGGUUCCAACCCCGACCACACCAGCACCCCUUACCCCUAACCACUGACCCAUCAUCCUAGUGACAAGAAUUUAACCAUGUCACACUCAAUUGACACCAAUCCAGCCCAGAAAAAGUCCGGCCCAGCAUUAGGGUUUCUGAUUCCGUGUCAACUUCUGUUAUUCGUGUGUCGUAUGGAAGUACCGUCUUUUUGGAAUAAUUUCAUAUGUUUUUUAAUGAGUGUUUGUGGUAAGUUUACAGUGAGUGCAAGGGGAGUGUAGGUUAAGCGGUAAGCUGCCUCGCUCAAUGCAGUCACACAAUCCAGCCUGACAUUCCCAGAUCAGUUAGCAAAUGCCUAGUCCAGAACCCCUGAGACUUUUUUUUCUUCCAUUGGUGUUAUCAAGGCAGACGUAAAACCCUCUGGACACAAUUGGAUAGACAAUCAGAGCAACCACACACCAGAAGCAGCCAUCUUGGUUUUUAUAAAAAAUGCUCACAUAGGGAACUCCUCUGUACUGUUAUCGUAUAAAGGCUGCACCAUAAUCUACCGACCCCGGACGUUGACUGGUGGAAAUAUGUCUGAGUGGGGAGGGAGGCAGACGCAUACGCCAGGGCAAAUGAAACAUGAGCUUGCAGUUUGCUCUGGUUCCCAGGCUACUACAGAUGGCCUGCGGAGGUCAGAGCUUGGCGUAACUCAAGCAAUUGCUGGUCACUCUUUUCAAUCUAUUUCAAUCAAUCCUUUUUAUCCCUGGUUUGGGAACCCCACGCGCAAGCUAGAUGGUUACCGAGCCAGUUAGCUAGCCGGUUAGCUCCUCUGUCUCCCAAUCUGUUAAUAUGGUUGGUGGGACUGGGAAGCUAAGCUAGUCCCACUCUCCCAAACUACGGAGAAGAGAAUCUAUAGCCAGGACCUCCAUGGUACACUAGGGGGCAAGAGCCGUAGUUGGACUGACUCUGGAUCCCUGAAGAACGUCAUCAUCGCUGACUCUAAGGGCUGCAGCGCUCGGGAUUAGGAACUGACCUCUGCCCCAAGGGUUCGUGGGUAAAAUGCAACCAUGAGUGGAAGAAGAUGUUGAGAGCCCAAACAAUAUUCCUUGUUCACGGUGUCUUCUACCUUCUAUUUUCUUGUUCAUAUCCAAUGUUUGUGGCAAAUGUUUCUCAGAAUUACCACAAAGUAAUAUUUGGCUGAUUUUCUUGGUAUUGUUAGAGAUAUUGUAAAUUGAGGAUGUUUAAUUGCAUUUUGCUAAUUUGAAUUUUUACGUUUUGCCUUGUUUCUAUCUUUCAACAACUAUUUUGUAAUUCUUACUUGAAAUGCCAUUCUGCUGUGUCAUGAUGUCAAAGAAUAAAAAUACAAACAUA